CAUGUAUGAUACAAACAAUUUGACCGAAACUCUGAAUAGUUUUUGGGAAUAAUCAUCCGCACUAGCAUCUACGGUCAUCUUGCGUUAUCCAAACAGCGUGCAAAAUGUCCAUCAAAUCAUCAAACAGCGUAGACAGUCGGACAGAGCUUGCUGAUCUCAUCAAACGGAAGGCAGAAAUCUCGGAAACACUCGCCAACCUGGAACGACAAAUCUACGCCUUCGAGGGAUCGUACCUGGAAGAUACGCAACUGUAUGGCAACAUCAUCCGCGGUUGGGAUCGGUACCUAACGACGAACAAAACUACCAACUCGAAGGCGGAUAAGCGCAAUCGGAAGUUCAAGGAAGCGGAGCGUCUCUUUUCCAAAUCAUCCAUCACCUCCAUGGCUGCUGUUAGCGGGCUGGUGGACACAACCGAUACGAAGCACGAGCGAAACUCCGAAUCGGACUCGAUGACCAACGAUGACUCGAGCGACAAUCAGGUGGGCUCACUGACGACCGUUAACCAUUCCGCAUCCACCACUACCACCACCGCCUCGACGGGGCGCGAGCUCGGACCGUCCGGGGCGCACGAUGGAGCGCUGAAAAACUCCGUCAGCAAAACGCUCGGCAGCCAGUCGAAGGCGAAUGUAGACAAAUCGUCCGCCUCGUCGUCCAGCUUCCUCAAUCGUGCGACGACCCCGACGAAGGACACGAAUAGUAGCACCACGAGCAUAGCGAAAGAAUCACCCGCCAGCGGUACACCGAGCAGUACGGCGAAACACAAGGCGAGCAGCAGCAUUGGUUCGAUUAAGAAGGGUAGUUCAAACAAAAAAGUCCGCCACCGUUAGAAGCCUGAUUCCACCUAACGAUGAUGUCUGGGAUUCUUGAGGUUUUAGCUCCUAAUACUAUGUAUAUGUGGCAUGUGAAUGUAUUCACUUUUUAGCUAAUAAUAAAUAUCAUCUCUUUAGUGCUUAAUGAAUUCAAAACAAAACAU